AUGCCUUCCUAUAUCGACGGCGAGAUGCUGCCGCCGCCAGCAGCAUCAAUCCGUGGCCGCGACCACCACACUUAUGGCGGCAACAAUGCCUUUCACAACUUUUACAACGACUAUUCACACAUUACUGAUCCUAACCUGCGGAGACGCCUGGCCCUGUCCGAGAUUGACAAGGUCCCCUUUGGAUUAUACCAUGUUCGAGCCGUUCUGGUCGCCGGAGCUGGAUUCUUUCUCGACUCCUAUGACAUCUUCGCCAUCAACCUCAUCACUAGCCUUCUUGGAUUGGUCUUUUACAGCGGCGAUACUUCUUUCAACGGCUAUGGAGGCAACAAUGGUGUUCUGCCCGAUCCUGUCAACCAAGCGCUCAAGGCCUCGACCAGCGGCGGUAUUGUGCUAGGAAUGAUAAUCUUUGGCUGGCUUGCCGAUCCCACGAUAAGUGCUGCCGGCCUGCUGGUAUUCUGGCGCGUCAUGAUGGGCAUCGGCAUUGGUGGCGAUUACCCCCUUUCUUCGGUCAUCACAUCAGAGUUUGCGCCGACACGCUGGCGUGGGGCCAUGAUGGCUGCUGUCUUCUCUAUGCAGGGCCUGGGUCAGCUUUUAGCCGCGAUUGUUGCGCUUAUCACUACAGUGGCGUUCAAGAAACAUUAUAUCGACAUCUCGGCAGAAGGGGCCUGCGAUUUGGCAUGCAGGGAGGCCGCUGAUCGCUCGUGGCGAAUCGUUGUUGGCGUUGGUGCCAUCCCUGCGUGCCUCGCCCUGUACUACCGCAUUACUAUCCCUGAGACACCUCGCUACACCUUUGAUAUACAAAACGACAUUGAAAAGGCCGAUGCCGAUAUCCGAGCAUACGUGUCGAGCCGGUCAAAGGGCGAAUAUGGCAUGAAGCGAUCCCGCUCGGGGACCAUGACCACCGAACAGCCACUCGACGUACCCGCGGCUUCAUGGCCUGAUGUGAUGAGCUAUUUUGGCCAGUGGAAAAACUUCAAGGUGCUCAUUGGCACAACCAUGUCGUGGUUCUUCCUGGAUCUCGCAUUUUAUGGUCUAGGCUUGAACAAUACCAUGGUCCUUAGCGCCAUCGGCUAUGCCAGCGGAAAAACACUAUAUCACAAAUUGUACAAUCAGGCCGUUGGAAUGAUUAUACUCGCGUGUGCCGGCUCCAUUCCUGGCUACUGGGCUGCCGUCUUCACAAUCGACAGUGUCGGCCGCAAGCCCCUUCAGUUCACUGGGUUUCUUCUGCUCACCGUCAUCUUCUGUAUCCUCGGCUUCUACUUCCACCACUUGACCGAAACUGCCAUGCUCGUCCUCUACAUUGUUGCGCAGUUUCUAUUCAACUUCGGCCCCAACACUACCACCUUUAUCAUUCCUGGAGAAUGUUAUCCCACACGAUAUAGAUCGACCGGCCACGGCCUCUCUGCGGCCGCAGGCAAGAUUGGCGCCAUCAUCGCACAGGUCAUUAGUAUUCCGAUUCUGAGAAAGGACUCCCCUCUCAACUGCUCAGGGAACGCAUGCUCGCCACACCUGAACCGCCUUUUACAACUAUUUGCUCUUUUUAUGCUUCUGGGCACGCUAGUAUCGCUUUUGGUCCCAGAGACAAAGGGAAUGACCCUGGAAGAGCUGUCGGGCGAGACUCGCACCAGCUACAACGCUGGAUGCAACGGCAGUAUCAACAUUACUUCACCUCGACUACGGCCCUGGAAUCCGUUCACUGGCGGCCGGCCUGCUGGGUUUUUCUAUCCGCGGGCACAUGGAAGUUCCUUUGGCAACGGCCGACGUUCCCCUCGAGUUGGUAUCAUGGAGUCUCCCGAGAUAUUCGCCCAACACGACCCAUCUGAACAGAAGACGCGCUUCUGGCGAAGACGAAACCGAAAGUCUCAGGCUCGAAGCGAUAGAACAGACGAGAUUGCCCUCAGCCGCCGCCCAAGCAGCUUUCACGAAAAUGCCGGGUCGGACGAGAUUACGCUGACGGACGGCUUCCUAGUACCGGGAGGGGCGGGCUCGUCACGGUUCCGGCCACAGUACGGGCAAGAGUUGCCGAGUUGGGGAGCAGGCUGGGGCAGAAUAGACAGGGGAGGGCCUCCUCCUCUGACGACAUCCAUGCAGCUGCAGGAUGUCGGUUCACUUUUGAAAGACUGA